AUGUCCGAAAAAGGUUACAAAAACCUUGUUAAGGAGAGCCAAUUAUUUGAAAAGUACUAUAAAGAACAAAAAAUAGUUCCUAUCGAAGAAUGGGAAGAUUUUCUAAAGUACCUAAAACAAGAUUUACCAUCCACUUUCAGAGUGGUAGAUGUUAGUCCAUACUCAUCUUCAAUAAAAGAGUUUGCGAGGGAAAUGGAGGGAGUUUCUGUAUAUUUGAAUGAAAAUAGUGAUGAAAUGGACAACUUAAUAAAAGAAAUUAAAUGGUAUCCCAAAGGUUUGGCUUUUCAAAUAACAAAAUCAAGAGACAAACUAAGAAGAUCAUCAGGUGCUUCAAAGGAUUUUCACUCAAAACUUGUUUUGAUGAGUGAUGGAGGUAGUAUUAUGAGACAAGAAGCCGUAAGUAUGUUACCUGUCUUAUUUUUGGAUGUGAAACCAAAUCAUUAUAUAUUGGAUAUGUGUUCAGCUCCUGGCAGUAAAACUUCUCAGAUUAUUGAAAUCCUUCAAACAGACCAGGCUAUUACGGGAGAGUAUCCCAAAGGUUUUGUUGUUGCUAAUGACUUAGAUACAAGAAGAGCUCAUAUGCUAAUUCAUCAUACAAGACAUUUAAAUUCCCCCUCACUAAUUGUUACCACUCACUCUGCAGAUCAUUUUCCAGAUCUUUAUUUAGAUGAUCCAGGGCAUGAUUCACUAAAGAAAUUUUAUUUUGACAGAAUCUUAUGUGAUGUACCAUGUAGUAGUGACGGAACAUUGAGGAAAAACCCAAAUCUAUUUGCUAAAUGGUCUAUAAGCUUUUCUCUGGGUCUUCAUAGGCUUCAAAGAAACAUUCUCUUAAGAGCACUAUCUAUUCUUAAGCCGAAGGAAGGUUUGCUUGUAUAUAGUACAUGCUCAUUUAAUCCAUUAGAAAAUGAAGCAGUUAUUUCUUCAGUAAUUAGUUCUUUAGCAGCUAGAGGAGUACAAGUGGAAAUUGUAGAUCCUUUAACUAUUUCUGAUAUAUCAAAGGAGGUUAUUUCAAAAACCAAGUUUGGAAGAGGGAUUAAUACAUGGAAAGUCCCAAUUCCAAGGAAACAACUGAAAAAGAAUAAAAACAAGAAAAAAAAGUGCGAAGAAUCAAAUAUUGAAUCAGAAGUAAUUCAAGAACCUAAAGAAUUCUUUGAUAACUACGAAGAAGUUCCAUUCCACUCAAGAGAAUCCAUUUUCCCAUCAAUGUUCCCUCCUGAAGAUCCCAAAAUAAAGGAGAGCCUAUCAAACUGUAUUCGAGUUUCCCCUCAUCAAGAAAACACAGGAGGAUUUUUUGUUAGUGUUUUAAGGAUAUUUAAUUCUGAAAAUGAGAAUCAUAAGAUGGUCAAUUUCAAAAUAGAAACUCAAGAUGAUUAUUUAACUUUGUCUGACAAUCCAAAUAAGGAUAAUAUUAUCAAAAUGCUUUUUAAUCCUUAUGGAAUCAUUGAUUUCAACCGAGAAAAGGUCAUGAGUACUUUAAUUUACAGAAACCCUAAAGGAGAUUUUAAUAGGGCUUGUACUAACAAAAAAAGCCUAGAAGAACUUAACAAAAUGGAGAAAAAUGAUUUAAAUGAGAAAGGUAAUACAGACAAAAUAGAAGAUGAUUCUACUAUCAUAAGUAACUUUAAUAAUGAACCUUCUAUUCAAGAAAUGGAGGACUCUAAGUUCCCCAGAAAAAUGUGGCAAGUUUCUGAGAGUGUUUCUAAAUUCUUAUUUUCAGCUAAAUCCAAAAAUCCUCUCAGAGUUAUCCAUGCAGGAUUUCCAGGUGUUGAACUGUCUAGAUAUAGAAAGGGUCCAAUUACAAUCGAAGAAGACCAGCUUAUUGACAUAAACUUUCCACCAAUUUACAGAUUCAAUUGUGCAUUCAAUGCAUAUUUACAUUUCAGUCAUGGCCUUUCGCUUGACAACACUCCAAGAUGUAAAGAGUUUUCUAUUCAAUCUGUGCUAAAGUUACUACAAACACUAGAAAAACCAACAGAAAAUACUGGAGAAUUAAAAGAAUUCCAUCCUUACAGAAUUCCUAGGCAUCUUCUUAAAGAAGAGGAGUAUCCUGAACUCAAAGGAAUUUUUGACCUUCCUGGAUCUAUUAUUAUUAAGCUAGAUGUGAAAAGGCUCGGUGAAUCUAAACCUAUUUUCUUACCAGCUCAUGUAGGUCGUCAUCACGUUGAACUUUUAUUGGACAAGUUUUUGAGGUUCUGCGUUAAAUUCCACAUUGAAUGGCUAUGUAAACAGCUAAAUCUCUAG